AUGACGCCAUGUGAAAGGGGUGAGAACCUCACGUCUGCAGGACUACGCUCCCCACAAGAGCAAUGGGACAUCGCGACACAUCGUGGUCGCAAGCAGUGGGUCGAGUCCUUGAGGUAUCACAAACCACUUGUGGUCGCGGUCAGACUGGCCGACUCCCCCUCACAUGGAACACCGGAAGUGAUCAACUCGGUCCUCCGAACUGUUGCGCAUCAACAGCGAUGCAGCCGAUACUGGGUCAUCAUUGCUCCCAGGACACACCCGGUGUGGAGACACCCAGGCAUAAGCCGUUUGGUGACGGAAGGACAACACUUCAUCACACGAGCCUCGGAGACCAUCGUGUCGAAUCACGAGUGGCUCACUCAGGCGUCACCAGGUAGUCCCACCGGACUGUCAGAACGGGUACGGAGGAUAGCCCGUGAAAUGGAUCCAACCCGAUUCCAUACGGAAGCCCCAGAAAGCAGGCGUACUCCUGCCUGUGGGGAAAUGGACAGGGUCUCCACGCGGCCCGUCAAUCACGAAACAUACUACCUUGAUUACGUCCAAGACCCCAAGACAUGGCAAGAGGUCAUGAAAAUGGUGGACGACGUCUUCAGGGGAAGUUCCCAGCAGCAGAUCACUCUGAGCCCGGGACACGACAUCCGGAAACAGGUGGAACUGCUCAUCCCAUGGCGGGUGGAAAGGAUCCAGAUCGCCAAAACACCAAGGGCGCGGCGAAUGCCAACUGAUAUCCCAUAUACCCACAGAGCCAACAUCCUACUAUACAACGACGAUGACCUGGCCUUCGAGUCAGAAGACGUCGCGAACGUAGCGUUCCCACGGCAGCGUUUCUCCAAAGGAGUUCGAUACGCUAUCUGUGUGUAUGGGUACGCGCCGCAAGACCCAGAUGAGGAACAGCCAGUGUACGAUGGUCCGCCUGACGGCCACUCACUGGACGACCCCGAGAUUCCUCCUGAGGAGGUCCGCGGGUCCGGUAUCACCAUGCCAAACUGUAAAGCCCCCCGCGACGUUAAACGCGCGGUAGCGAGGCUUCACGUCAACUUAGGGCAUCCGUCCUCGGCCGAUCUGAUCCGAAUGAUCUCCCAGCAAGGAACGGUGAAUCCCGAGACGAUAGCAGCAGCUAAGGCCCUGAACUGCACAUCCUGCCUGCGGAUGAAGAAUAAUGCGCCACCGAGACCGUCCCGCGUGGUGACAAAGUUCAUGGGUCAACUGGGAGACAAUAUCCAAAUGGACAUCUUCUAUGCCAGAACGGUGGAUGGACAAAACCACCCCAUGCUCGGCAUCGUGGACGAGGCAACAAACCUACAGCAGGUAGCCCGUCUGCCUAACCGAGAGCCGGCAUCCGUCUUGAAGGCCUUCAGGGAGGUCUGGGUCCGACCAUACGGUAUGCCACACAGGAUCACAAUGGAUCAAGACGGCGCGUUCAUGGGAGAGUUCUGGACAUACGUGGUCGACCAGGCCACGGAAGCGGACUACGUCCCUCCCGAUGCCCACCAUCGGCUGGGUAAAGCGGAACGCUGCAAUGCCGUCUAUCGCGAAAUCUUGAAUCGAGUCGUGGAUGGUAUGGCAAUUGCCACCACCGACGACAUGGAACAAGCGAUCGACGCAACAACACAUGCUAUCAACAGCAUGCCCCGGACAAGAGGUUUGUCAGCGUAUGCCAUUGUGUUCGGACGGGUCCCUCGGGUUCCCGGAGAACUCCUGACAGACGAAGCUGCUCUCGCAGCGGAUGUUCCCACAGAAGAACACAACAGGCACGCCAUCCUCUUCAGGGCAGAAGCCCAGAAGGCCGCAGCGCAGGUCAAUGUGGAUCAGCACGUCCGCAGGGCAUUGCUCCGGAAAACGGUAGACCGAAACCAGCUGCGACCGGCGUAUGGGUUCGAAUCUUGGGCCCCCGACGCAGAAGACAUACAAGCGCUAAAAGACGCCGAGAGAAAUCUGCUGGACGAUAACGUCCAAAGCCUGGAAGGACCACCCCCUCCGGACGACGAACCAGUCGAACCCACAGUCGUCAUCCCUCCAACGCCGUCAAUGCUGGCACUUCCAGCCCCCUCUACGCCCGCUAUGCCAUCAACCCCGGCAGCGCCGGCGCUUCAUCAGCAGCCAUCAUCGCCAAGAUCCCGCAGGGGUAAGAGGCAUACCGAGACGGACGCGCCAGCAAGGGCCUCCGAUCAAAAGCGGACGGUCACCCAAGAGGGAUGGGACGACGGUCAAAUAUCAAAUUUGAUCUGUCACCACGAUGAUAUCGGCCUGACUGACGAAGUCGAGCUUCAAGACUUCGGUUGGGACGGAACCGACUGGGAACCUGGCCACACGGAGCGGCUGGUGAAUCUCGCUGAGGUCUUUGCCUCCGAGCACUCGGCUCCCGAACUUCCGUGCGAUCAAGAGGACGCCAUCGAGGACACCCACACCUCGUGGCAGGUCUGCUACGUCGGUGACCAAAAGGCCUUGGUCAAUACCGAGAAGCUGACUCGGAAGGACGCGCGUCUUAAAGAGCAGAGCCUGCUAUCGGGGCAAAGCGCAGGGACAGGGAGAGCUGAGAGCCAAGUGCCGCGUGGUGGUGUUAGGCCACAGAGAGAUCCCGACCUGACCACCAUCUCACGCGAUGCGCCAACUCCCAGCAGACUGACCGAGCACCUUCUCCUGGUCAUCUACAUCAGCGGUAGGAACCGCGCGUUCCUUGGCGACAAAAGAGUGUGGCGAUUAUGGUGUGCAGACGCCACUACCGCAUUCCUGCAAGGGACACAGCAGGACGGAGAGAGACCCAACAGGCUCUUCAUGCAGAGUCCGCGGGAUCCCAUUCUGCUACAGGCAGGUGCCUUCCCAGCCACAAUGUACGAGAUACACGGAAACGUGUACGGGUUGGCAAACGCCCCCCGAUUGUGGAGUCUGGAAGUAGGCAAGCGCCUCCUGUCCGCGGGAUUCAGGCCACACGCCUUAGAUCGCAUGUGCUUCUUGCACUACGACAAAGAAGGUCGUCUCGACUGUAUCAGUUUGGUGUACGUCGAUGACUUCCUCGUCACCUACGCGGACAAUUUUGAUCUGACCAUCAUUACCGCACUGUUCAAAUGGGGCAGCACAUCAGACGACACGGAUGUGAUCACCUUUAAGGGAAAGCAGCUCCGAACAACCAAGCGGGAUGGUAAGUUCGUCCUCCUGGUUACCCAGACCGAAUACAUCCGGUCACUGGCGCCAGGGAAGGUCACACGACAGAGAGCACGGGGUGACGAACAACUAACUGAGGCAGAGCUGCAGGAAUUUCGCAGUUGCUGCGGGGCCCUACAAUGGGUCGUGGGACAAACACGUCCAGACGGGUGCGCCACUGUCAGCCUGGCGAACCACGGAAACGAAAGCACCCUCAGCGACCUAAAGACAUUGUACGGUCUCAUGGAACACUUCCAAAGGACAAGCCAGGACGGCUUGGUCUUUAAGGGCAUCCCAAUCACCAAGGAGACAGUCUUGGUGACGUACGGGGACUGCUCGUGGGCAAAUGCCCAGGGCUACAAGUCCCAAGAAGGCCCGACAGAUGCGGUCAUGAUCGACUGGAAGUCGACACGGACACCGCGGGUCGUGAGAAGCACGAUGGCUGGUGAAGCUUACGCCGCCGACGAUGCUAUCGAUCGUGGAGUCUACGUCAACCAGUGCCUUUGUGAGUUGAUUUUCGGUGCAAACGCGUCACCACUAUCCAACCCACAAUACCUCAGGCACCUCCACGCCACGGACUGCAAGUCCCUGUUCGACGCAAUCAUCGCGUCUAACUUCCAGACAGAAGAGAAGAGAGUUGGACUCACGGUUCGGUCUAUCCAAGAGACCAUCGGACCAAACGACAUGCGAUGGGUUCCGACCGGCGCCAUGCAUGCGGACGGUCUUACCAAAAUAGCAGAUUGGCUACGAGCCCAGUUCCUGGACUGGAUCAGGAACCCAACGGUCCAACUCCGAUCAGAGGUGUAA